UUUUUGUUUGUUUUUUCAUUGUUAUUAAUUUUUUAAAUCGCGAACUUGCAGUCUACUGAUAAUGGAUAUAAGUGCGGAUGUGGAGCAGAUUAUAGCCCAAGCUCCGGAUUGGAACUUUGCGGGUGAUUGCGCUCUCCUGGAGCUGAUGAAACGCAUUUCCCAGAAUCUGCAGGAAAGGGGCGAACAAACCAGUCGCAAUCUGAGGGACUUUGAGACGAGUGUGAAGCAGGUGGACAUAUCGCUGAACAAUGCCACUAACAGCCUACGAUCCCUGCAAUUUGGCAAUCAGUUUGUGGAGUAUCGGGUGGAGGAGGUGGAUGACGCCGAUUUGGCCAUGCCCGAAGAAAAGAAGAAGCCCCAGCCGCCGCCCAAGAGUUCAGAGGAAAUGUCCAAGGAGUUUCUGGAAAACAACCUGCGAAUGUUCCGCAAGAACUUUGAGCCGGUGACCAUAGAAGUGCCCGACUCGGAUGACGAGGAUGCACCUGUGCACUCAACAACCGUAUUCCGGGCCAAGAACCCUUACGAUGCUAUACCCCUGCCCUAUAUUAUUGGCACAAAGGAAUGGGAGGAUCACAAAUACGCUGGCCUGUAUGACAGCAAAGAAAAUAGCGAGGAUGAAAGGUCCGAGGAAUUCUCUUCCAGUUCAUCGGAUGAGAUGGAAUCCGUGCCGGUGAAAAUCACAAAGCCAGCGAACAAACCAGAAGAACCUCAUCUGUCGGACUCCUCAUCACUGGCAUCGUUUGCCAGGGAACCGGCCAUUGUGUCGCCAGUAAAUAAGCCUGCUGUCCAGAUCGCAGAACCUGCGGUCAGAACACAACCGCGUCCCAUCAUAAGUAACCAAAGAAAUCCACAUGAGAGGGACUUGUUUGCUGCCCUACGACAAUCGCCUCCUAGCGAUGAUCCGCCAUCCACUUCAUCCUCGCCUACAUCUUCGCCGGCUUUUGGGAAUCCCUCUAGUCGUUUGCCAAUUGCGUCCACGGCCUCGCUGAGCUCCAGUAGCAGUAGUCCUGCCCAACAGCCACCGAGGCUAUUCGACGAAGCUGUGUCAACACAAGCUCCAAAGGAAGCUGAGGUCAGGCCAAGUCAAACUAAGCGCAUGCCAGUAAAUCUCUUUAACGAUGAUGAGUUCAAAUCGUUCAUGACCGAAAUCGUUGACAAAGUGCAGGCCAAGACGGGCAGCAACACCGUUUCAUCCGCUUCAACGAUUUCAGUAAAUGAACCACCCAAGGAGAGGGAAUCGUUAAAUAAAAACACAAAGUCUGAGGCACCAAAGCAGGUCGUUGAGCAAUCAGUGUCGAAACGUGUAAAUCUGUUUGACGACAGUCCUCCAUUGAGUCCAACCCCAAAGGCGGAGCCUCAAUUUAAUAAGAGUAAAGCAUCGGGUGCUAUUCCAAAACAGAAUCCCGCAACAGAGGUGAAAAAUGAUCAAAGCAAAUCCCUCUUCGAUGAUUCUCCUUCAACGAGUGAUUUUCCAAAGGAACUGCCUAUUAAGGAGCCAACGAAAACGAUAACAAAAUCGCUCUUUGAUGAUGAUUUGGAGGACGAUGACUUCUUGAGCUCCCUCAAAUCCAAAACAAAGCCAUCAGAACAAAAACCGCUUUCAAAAGCAACCUCCUCUCUAUUCGAUGAUGAUGAUUUGGAUAUUGAUGAUAUAUUUAUAAAACCAACGGCUCAGCCAAGGAAGCUCUCUGAAAAAGUAGCUGGAAAGAGUAGUUUAUUCGAGGACGAUGACCAAGAUGAUGUCACUGAUUUAUUUGGCUCAAAAAAGAUAAAAGAAUCAUACAAGGAGUCGCCUCCAGAUAUUUUGCAAGAGAAAAAGUUCGAGGAUUCGCCUCCAGACAUUUCAGCCUACAAUAAAGUCGAGCCACCAGUAGAUCAAAAGAAACCCCUAUUCGAGGAUGAUGAUUUGUUCGGAACACCAAAGGCUAGGCACCUAAAUACUAGUGAUAAUACUGGUGUUGAAAUAGAAAAAGAGAGAAAACAAAUUGAGAUUAAAGAGGAGUCUUUGAAAAACGUUUUUGGGAAAAAUCAACCACCAGAAGUAGCAGUGAAUUCUUCUGUACCCAUUCUUAGAGAUUCACCUCCCCCCAUAGAAAUUAUACAAGAGAAAUCUGUACGUGAAAAGGAGGAUUUACCAGCACCUAGUAUUCCCAAAUCUACGAAUUUGUUCAAUGAAGAUUUUAGCGAUGAUGAUUCGUUCCUAGGCCCUUCAAAAAUUAAGGUUAAGCCAAUAAGUGGUAGCGAAACUAAAGAUUUUAUUAAACCAACUGAAGAAAAUAAUUUGCAGGUUAAGGAAAACAUAGCCCCAGUUAAUCCACUUAAAUCUUCUACUAAGCCAACUGAUUUGUUUAAAAACGAUUUUAGCGAUGAUGAUUCAUUCUUGAGUGAUCCCAAGACCAAGGAUAACUUAGAAGGUGCUACAGCAACUAAUGAAAUUAAAAUACCAGCUGAACACCAGUUGGUGAGUGAGAUUAAGCCAGAAGAGUUACCACAAAAACUGCCACAGAACAAAGUAGACGCAAUAACGACGAACGAUGAAAAAGUUGAGGUUUUGCCUGAAGUGCUGAGCAAACCUCAAACGAUUCCUCCCGUUUCCGAGAGUCCGCCACCAGAUGAUGAAAGCAAUCAAGAUCCCAUUAUAACAAUGGUGGCCGAUGUCACUAAUAAGUCACCAAAACAGAUUUCAACCCCCAGGAAGCCUGCGGAUCUGGCUGCUGCCCAGCAAAUCAUGCAGAAUUACUCGAAUCUCUUUUCCGACGAACCGCCGGACGACAGCGAGUUUUUUCAAACGCUCGGAAGCAGCGGUCUUAGCAGCCUAAGUGCGUCGAAAAUCUUUGACAGCGAGCAGGAUUUCUUUGAACCCGCCUUGCCCCAAAUUCCAAGCGCGACCAAGCCAUCGCCAGUGACGCCUGGAGAUCAACCUUCUUCUUCAUCCGACUAUGGCGCCAUACGUUUGUUUAGUGACAUUCCACCCGAAGAUGACAUCACGGAAGGAGAAGAAACACAAAAGCAAGAGGAAGUUGAGAAAGAGGAGUUAGCACCAACCACAACACGAAUACACACAAUUUUCUACGAUGACUUUAGCGAAACAGCAAGGGCAGGUGCUGUGCAACCAGCCCCCAAGCUUUUUAGUUUUGAUGAUGAGCCACCUCCAGCCGAUGAACCAAAUCGUAGUAGGGAUACGAGUCUCGAGAUACCCACUGAUGAGCCGGAUCGUAGUAAAGAUAAGAGCCAGGAGCUACCCACUUCUCCAAUUAAGAAACUGAAAAUGCCUAAUAUUAAUAUAAAUGUGCAGGCACUGCUUCCUGGCUCAGGAGGUCUACCAAAGGUACUAAGGAAACAGGAGUCAUCGAGUUCCGAAAGAGAAGAACCUUCAAGUGCAGCGCAGAUUUCAGAGCCCUCCCCGAAUUCCAAGGAAAACGAUAUACCUUCUGCAGACGGUGGCCUGCAGCAUGUAAACAAAUCUCGCGCUCGAGGACCUGCCAAAAGACGACCCUCAACCCGUAAGGCAAGAAAGGAAAAUUACGCAAAAAGCUUGCUGGAUGCUGAGGAAGUCAUAACACCCUCGAUAACAGAUAAAGAUAACUCUGAGGCUACUUCCGUCAAGGCUCCCAUUACUCAGUCAGUAAAAGCUGAAAAGUUGUUUCCUGCUCCAGAUCUUCCCCUCUUUAACGAGCCACCAGAGCUUCCGGAGCAGUUGGAAAAACCACCAUCUUCGAAAUUCGGUGGAUCGUUUUUGGACAGCCCCGAUGAAGAUGAUUCCUUUUUUAACUCUGUUGCGACACAUGAAGUUCCUUAUACAAAGUCAGUUGGAGGCAAGCAGGGAUCUGAUCCACCCAAGUCAUAUCGAUCGUUUUUGGACAGUCCUGAUGAAGAUGAUCUUGUAUUCACUCCGCUAGAAAAUAAGAGGGCUGCUGAAAAUAAGCCUUCCUCCUUUCCACAAACAUUUUCCAAAGAGCCACCAGCAGAUCGGCAGCAGUUAGAGAAGACGCCGGGAGUAACCAAGUUAGGCAACUCUUUUCUGGACAGUCCCGAUGAUGAUGAUUCGCUGUUUAGUCCAGUCAAAGCAGCGGCGGAUCUUGUUGCUGGUAGUGCUUUUACCAGUGCUACAGCAAAGAGUAAGGAUGUUUCUACAAAAGUGGCAACUGGUCCUUCUAAAUCCCCGAACACAGAAAGAGCGCAAGCUAAGCCGAAGUCACACGGUGCAUCGAAACUGUUUGAUGACAGUGACGAUGAUGAUGACCUGUUUGCCAGUGCAGCUGUGCCCAGUAUCCAAGCUACCAACAGGACUAAGCUGCCCACCAAACCAGCGGCGACUUCUCUCUUCAGCAGCGAUGAAGACGAGCCCGAGGUGUCAAGCAAGAUUGCUCCUGUAAAGAAGUUGCCCGUAAAGACAAGCAAAAGCCUUUUUAGCGACGACGACGAUGACGAUGACCUUUUCGGCGGAGGCUCGAAGUCCAAGGGCAGUGAACCCAAAAGGGCUAAACCAGUGGCCCAGGCUGUGCCCAAAGCUCCUCCCAGUAAAGCACCAACGGCGACUGCAAUCAUUCCCUCUAAGUCUAGCUCCAGCGAUAAUCCAUUGGCCGAUCUGCUCGAUUCCGAGUAAAAACAUGAAUGCCUUUUAUUACAAAUAUUUACAGUUUUCGAUCUGUGGAUGGUUAGACUGUCGAUCAGAGUAUUGUUAUCCGUAUUCCUAGUAUCUAUAAUAAACCAUGAAUGUCAAUGUC